AUGGCAACAAUCGAAAACACCAUUGCUCGCCAGAAUGAAUUGUUCGGUCUGAUUUCCCGCGCAGUCGAAAAUCUUCAUAAACUCGGACCGACAAAAACAACUCGUGGAGCAGUGCAAAGUCGCGUGAGCGCACUCAAGGCUAAUUGGGAGAAAUUCCAGGGUCUUCAUGAUAGCUUGUGCAAAGUGCGGAGCCCCGACAUUGCAAAGCUGCCGUAUUUCGCUGACGACCUCUAUGCAUUGUGCGAAGAGAAAUACAUCGAUGCGAAUGGCAUCAUGCUUGACAUGUUAGAUGAGCUCGUACCGGAAAGAAGUGCGUCCGCGACCGAGGCCUCAAUGACAACGUCUACCGCAUCUCAUUCUCGACGACUGCCUCGUAUCGACAUACCAAAAUUCUCAGGUGAUUACGCUCAAUGGAGUCAUUAUCGAGAUUUGUUUACGUCCAUGAUCAUGGAAAAUAAUGAUAUAUCGGCUGUCGAGAAACUACAUUAUUUAAAAAUGAGCUUGACAGGGGAGCCAUCGCAACUCUUGAAAAAUGUGACUAUCUCUAGUGAAAAUCUCAACCGCUCCUGGAAAAUGCUCAUUGCUCGCUACGAAAAUAAGCGAAUACUAAUUGAUGCUCAAUUGUCAGCGUUAUUCGCAAUUCGCAAACUUAAAACCGAGUCAUCAUCGGAACUCAAGCGACUUCUCGGCGACGUUAAGGAAAUCCUCGGUGGUCUCGAAGCUCUCGACUGUCCGGUGCGCCAGUGGGAUCAUCUUAUCGUUUUUAUGACUGUGCGCAAUCUCGAUUCCGAAUCAAUGAAGGAUUGGGAAAAAACACUCGGUGCGACAACUACCGCGCCUUCCUUCGCCGACUUAGAAACCUUUCUCGUUGGACGCGUGCAUACUCUCGAAGCUAUUGAAAGAUCCACGAUCUCACGUAAACAUCCAGCGACAAAUAUGACACGACCUCAACUAAACGCAAGAUCAUACGCUGCCACCACCGCCGAACAGCAGUGUGCGUUGUGCAAUUCAAGCCAUUAUAUUUCGGCGUGUCCGAAAUAUCUUGAGAAGACUCCCGCUCAACGCCGCGAGACAAUUUCAUCGAAAAACCUCUGUUAUAACUGUCUCGGUCCUCAUCAUCUGAAAAGCUGUCGUAAUGCAAAGCGCUGUCGUAUCUGUCGCAAGCAACAUCACUCAACGCUACAUCUCUCAUCAAACGAACCGGUAGCCGCGAUAACAACGAUGUCGCCGAUUGCCUCAAUUCCGUCGACCUCGCACAUAGGACUCACCUCCACGCAUCUCGCGCAAGCCGACGGACAAGAAUCAACGCUUCAAGCAUGCAGUCAUGUGACUCAAUCGCGUAUAAUUCGAAGUACGUCCGUACUGCUCGCGACCGCUCUCGUUACCGUCGUAUCACCAUACGGCGAACAUUAUCAAGUACGCGCGUUGCUUGAUCAAGGAUCGGAGGCAUCAUUUAUCUCCGAAUCCGUCGCACAAAUCUUAAGACUCUCACGCACUUCAGCUGCAAUUCCAAUUAUCGGGAUCGGUGCUCAGCGAUCCAGUGUCUCCAAUGGACGUGUCUCUUUUGAAAUUAUCUCACGCGUCAAUUCGGCAUUCUCUCUAAAAAUCGAAGCUCUUGUGUUGCCGAAACUCACCUCUUAUCUGCCACCUGCAGUUAUUGUGAAUGCUCAGUGGCCUCAUAUCCAUGGAUUGGCGCUUGCAGAUCCAAACUUUGCAACGCCAGGAAAAAUUGAUCUCGUUCUCGGCGCAGGUGUUUGUGCGCAAAUUCUCGAAGACGGCAUUUGCCGAGGAGCUAGCGGUACGCCAAUCGCUCAGAAAACCACUCUCGGCUGGAUACUCUCCGGACAACUCUACUCUGAGCAUGAUCACACCUCAACAGAACAAUCAAUUAAUGGAUUGCACUGCUCUCUUGAUGGUGAACUCCUCGAUCUGCUCCAAAGAUUCUGGGCCCAGGAAGAAAUCACGCCUGUGCAUAACGUGACGCUCACCCCAGAAGAAUCUCAGUGUGAAGAACACUUCAAGACAACGCAUUCUCGUGACGCGCAUGGACGCUUUAUCGUUCGGUUACCGCUCCGAAAAACUGUAAGUGACUUGGGUGAUUCUCGCGCUCCAGCACUCAGGAUGCUCCGACGUAUGGAAGCGCGCUUCGAAACGCACGCUUCUCUCAAGGUAGCCUAUAAGGAGUUCCUACGUGAGUAUCUUGAACUUGGUCAUAUGCGUCUCUCAAGUUCUCAUGAUAUUUCGCGACGCGAAUUCUUUCUGCCGCAUCACGGCGUCAUUAAAGAAACAAGCUCGACCACGAAAUUACGCGUCGUGUUUAAUGGAUCGCAGAAAACAAAUCUCGGAAUAUCAUUAAACGACUGCUUGCAUAUCGGCCCGAAAUUGCAGACGGAUCUCGUUGACAUUCUCGUUCGCUGGCGUCGACAUCGCUACGUGUUCGCGACCGAUAUAGAAAAAAUGUAUCGACAAAUUCGCGUACAUCCAGACGAUUGGCCACUUCAGACGAUUUUCUGGAGAGACUCUCCGUGUGAACGGCCGCGAGAAUAUCUCUUAUGUACCGUGACAUACGGUCUAGCUUGCGCGCCAUAUCUUGCACUUCGCUGUCUGCAACAGCUCGCAACCGACAUUGAAUCCACACGCGGACUGGCUGCCGAAAUUCUACGCCGCGAUACAUACGUGGACGACAUUUUAUCCGGGUCAGAUGACAUCUCUACAACGAAAGAAAAGAUGCAGCAGCUUAAGGAUACUCUCACGGCGGGUGGCUUCAAUCCGAAGAAGUGGAUUACAAACGCUUCGGAAUUGCUCCAAGGUAUUCCCGUGUGCGAUCAGGAUCCUUCCGCGAUCCUACCCGUCGGCGACUCCACGACGCAUUAUACUCUCGGAAUUCGUUGGAGCCGAUCAAGUGACAGUUUCGUGUUUGUUGCCCCUUCGUUUCCGCGCUCAGACAAAACGUUCACUAAACGCUCGGUACUCUCGUUUAUCGCGCGGAUUUUCGAUCCUCUCGGCUGGAUCGCACCGAUUAUAAUCACGGCCAAGCGAUUCAUGCAACAACUGUGGGCAAUACGUCUCGACUGGGAUGACGAAUUACCAUGUUCUCUCAAAUCUCAGUGGAUCGAAUUCAUGCAGCAAUUCGAACAGGUGUCGGCUAUUGUGAUUCCGCGUUGGUUCGGCACCAGCUCAACGGCUCUCGGAACCGAAUUGCAUGGUUUCUCGGACGCCUCUCAACAUGCAAUUGCCGCAGUUAUCUAUCUCCGUGUCGUGACUCCCACCGGCAUUCAUGUGACUCUCGUUAGUGCAAAGACAAAAGUGACUCCGCUUAAACGCGUAACAAUUCCGCGACUCGAAUUAUCAGCUGCCGUACUCCUCGUGAAACAGCUUCUCAAAAUACGCGAAGUUCUCGAUUUAACUCAAACGCCAGCGCAUCUCUGGACGGACUCCACCGUCGCGUUAACAUGGAUCAAAAGCCAUCCAUCGAGAUGGAAAGAAUUCGUGCGAAAUCGUGUCGUGUUCAUACAAGAGCUCUCAAACUCUCGGUGGCAUCACGUCUCAGGGAAAGAGAAUCCUGCUGACGUGGCGUCUCGCGGAACAUCGCCUCAACUUCUCCAGCAAGAUCAGUCGUGGUGGCAUGGACCUCUGUGGCUACAGCAAUUCUCGACCGCGUGGCCAGUCUCAAAGCUCUCGCUCGAUUCCAACGCACAUCUUGAAGAACGAGCUCGUAAUUGCGCCAUCGCGAUCGUGAUUCCAGAGCCAGAUAUGUGGGAUCUCAUAAAACGAUACUCAUCUUUCACUCGACUGACCCGCAUUACCGCCUGGAUUCUACGUGCGAUCCAACGCUUCCGACCUUCAAGGACUGUGCCUGUAUCGCAAGACCCUCUUACUGCAGGGGAGCUAGAAUUGUCAGUCCUUCUUUGGGUCGAAUUAACGCAACAUGCUUAUUUCUCAACGGAAAUUCGACUCCUACGAGGAGGUAAGCAGCUGCCGAAAACCAGCGCACUGUUCCGUCUCACUCCGUUUCUCGAUACUAAAGGGCACCUCCGACUACAAGGACGCCUUCAAUUGUCUCAGCUGGAUCCGGCGGAAAAACAUCCAUUGAUUUUACCUCGCAGUUCUCGAUUGACGGACCUCAUAAUGGAUUAUUACCAUAAACAGACGUUACAUGGCGGACCACAACUCAUGCUCUCGGUUAUACGCCGCAAAUUUUGGAUUCUCGGGGGUCGCCUGCCGGUUCGCUCAUUUAUUCAUCGAUGUGUAACCUGUACACGUCAACGAGCAGUUACCGGGCUUCAACAAAUGGGACAGCUUCCGGCCUCUCGUGCAACUCCAUGUCGACCUUUCUAUCAUACCGGGGUCGAUUAUGCCGGACCUCUAACACUCAAGACCUUUCGCGGACGAGGUGCAAAAACUUACAAAGGAUACUUUGUAAUCUUUAUCUGCUUCAGCACCUCAGCUAUGCAUCUCGAGGUGGCGACAGAUUAUUCGACCGACGGAUUCAUCGCCGCCUACAAACGGUUCACGGGCCGCAGAGGGAUUUGCUCCACAAUCACAAGCGACUGCGGCACCAAUCUCAUAGGAGCGGAUUCCGAAUUAAGGCGACUGUUCAAGGCCUCAACGACAGAAUGGACUCACAUCGCCUCCCAGCUCGCCAACGAUGGAGUUACGUGGAAGUUUAAUCCACCCUCGGCCCCUCACUUCGGUGGAAAGUGGGAAGCUGGAGUGAAAUCGGUCAAAUUCCACCUCAGGCGAGUCAUAGGUGACACGCUGCUCACCUAUGAAGAGAUGAACACGCUCUUAAUUCAGAUCGAGGCGGUUCUCAACUCUCGCCCUCUAAGCGCUCUCUCGGAUGACCCAACGGAUGUUUCAGCGCUCACGCCAGGGCAUUUUCUAAUCGGAUCAGCGCUCACCACUGUACCGGAGCCCUCUCUGGGUGAUGUCCCAGCAUCUCGGCUGUCGCGCUGGCAGCUACUCCGCCAGAUGACGGAGUCAUUCUGGAAGCGUUGGACUGCAGAAUAUCUGUCCCAGUUUCAGGUCUCCUCUAAGCGGCACCAAGCGCAAAAUUCAUUUCAGGUUGGGUCUUUAGUUCUCAUCAAGGACGAACGGAUGCCUCCUACCAAAUGGCCUCUCGCACGCAUCAUUGACGUGCAUCACGGGCCUGACGGACUUAUCAGAGUCGUCAGUGUGAAGACGGCCAACACUACGCUCAAAAGACCAAUUGUCAAAUUGUGCCUGCUGCCGGAUCCAAAUAAAACAUAG